AAGCGGGAAGCGGGAGGAGACUGGUCGCCAACGCGGAGCGGAGCGGAUCCUGGGCGGACCCGGCCGGCUGGCUCUUUCCCUCGGCGGGGAGAAGGACGGAGUUGCGGAAGGGGCGGGCGUCUCCCGGGAGCCACUUCGGGGAUGGGGCCCCACGGGGACGCGGCGGAGUUUGGACCUUCGGACUUGGGCCGCCGCCCCCCCCCCCCGGAUUCCUGCCCGUCCGCCUGUGCGGUCGCCAUCCCUUGAGGCAGCCAAGCAAUUGCCAACCUUCUCUCCACAGUCUCAUUCAGGUGGGAGAAUACAGACUUCCGUGCCCCACUUGGAGCUCUUUGCAGGGAAGGCGGGAAUAGAAAUGCAACGCAAGUUCUUCACGGGUUGUUUCUUUCAUGAGAAUCUAAGAACAACCCUAUUAUCGCUUGACGAGCUAUAGCUGUGUUAGAUAGAACUUAAGGAAGAGUAUUUGCCAUAGUUUUGUUCACAAGAAUAUCCAUUUGGGAAAGUGUCAGUGGGUUGCCAGAGUUUGCAUUUUGCCAAUAAGUCUCCUCAUAUUGGUUGUAUUUUGUCUUCAGAGCAGUCACUGCUGAAAAUUACCUGUCUUGCAAAGAUAAUGUGCUACCAAAUGGCAGCGGCACAGAUGUUGCUCGAUAUCAGGAUCAGGAUAUUCAGUGGUAACUGAGUAAUCUUGAUAACAUGAAGCAAAAAUUCAGAAAUCCUCUUUUCCGACAAAUGGUCUUUCACUGUCCUUUCACACAACAAUUCAAAGAACUGUUGUUCUUUUUGCACAAAGACAGCUUUGAGUGACAUCGCUCAAACUUCUCUGUUUUUCCAGCAGAAAAGUAAUUGACAAAUUUUGGCAAAGCAAACUUCAAAUCACCCUUGACUUAACUAUUAAUUAACCGCAGUGACAGACCUCUGGAGAAUUGUUUUCCUUGACUAUUAGUGUCUGCCUCUGAUGUGCAGGCUGCUUAAAAGAGCUCCAUGCAUGAGCUGCACCUUGUGAUGCCCCCUCACCAGAUCUGCAGCCAGAGAGUGGUUUGCAAGUGUUCUACAUCAGGAACAAGGGGGUGGGGAGGGGGUACACUGGGAUCUACUGCCCCUGUGAAUCCUGCCACCUGAGGCAGUCGCCUCACCUUGCCUCAUGGGUGGGCCGGUCCUGCCUGCCUUGGUACCUAGAAAGGCGCUCCUGAAUUCCUCCAAAUGACUCCGUUUGAGGAGGGACGGUGGUUGUCAGUGUGUCCAUGUGCAGCAUUUUCUCUUUACUUGGAGUUGCAUCUUUCUCAUGGGGGGCAGGGAGUUGCAGGAAGGGCAUGGAAAUUUGAGAUUACAGUAUUUGAAAAAUGCUCCAUUUGGAGAAGGAGUCUGAACUUGUUUCAGAGCAGGAGGCAGUGUUUAAAGAAUGGGCUGGGCUUGUCCGGCCCAUAAAGGAGGGAGGCAUUGUGAUCACACAUAACCAGAGCUGGCUUCUUCCCAGUUGGCUGGAAUUAUAACCAUUUCAGCAUUUCUUUGGGGCAAGGAGAAGCCUUCUAGCCUUCCGGAUUGGGAGGCAGCAUUUGAAUCAAACCGCUUCUUGGCUAGGAGUCCUGGGUUCCUACCUGGACUCCUAAUUCUUCCAGUCACGAGGCCCUGGAGAUGGAUCCCAGAAAUCCUGUUUCUCAGUUUCUCAAUGGUCUUCUCAGGGGAACAAGGAACAGUUUGGUUCUUGUGAAUGAGGACAUAAUGAGGAGGAAUGGGACUGACCAUUUGAAAAGAUGACCAGGUGCUACUACAACGAGACCAUUGAAUUUUUCUACAACAACAGUGGCAAGGAGCUGUCCCGAGUGUGGAGGAACAAGGAUGUUCUGGUGGUGGUUCUGGGCCUGACGGUCAGCAUCAUUGUGCUUCUCACCAACCUGCUGGUCAUUACAGCCAUUGCGAUCAACAAACGCUUCCACUAUCCGAUCUAUUACCUGCUGGGGAAUCUGGCUGCUGCCGACCUCUUUGCCGGCAUUGCUUAUUUGUUCCUGAUGUUCCACACGGGACCCAACACAGCCCAGCUUUCUCUCAAGACUUGGUUUGUCAGGCAGAGCCUCCUGGAUACCAGCCUGACGGCCUCUGUGGUCAACCUCCUGGCCAUUGCAGUGGAGCGGCACCAGACAGUCUUCACCAUGCAGCUCCACAGCAAGAUGUCCAACCAGCGAGUCAUAAUCCUCAUUGUCUGCAUCUGGCUAACAGCUCUGCUGCUUGGCCUCAUCCCCUCCUACGGCUGGCACUGUCUGUGUAGCCUGAAGGACUGCUCCAGAAUGGCUCCGCUCUACAGCCGAAGGUACUUGACCUUUUGGGCCAUCUCCAACCUCUUCAUCUUCCUCAUCAUGGUGGUCGUCUACACUCACAUUUUCAUCUACGUCAAGAGGAAGAUGGCUCGCAUGUCCAGGCACACCAGCUUCCAUCCACGCUACAGGGAGACCAUGAUCAAUCUCAUCAAGACAGUUAUCAUUAUCCUCAGUGCCUUUGUUAUCUGCUGGACCCCUGGACAGGUGGUGCUCCUGUUGGACGGCCUUGGCUGUGAAACCUGUGAUGUGUUAUCGGUGGAGAAAUAUGUCCUGCUUCUGGCUGAAAUAAAUUCACUCAUUAAUGCUGUCGUCUACUCCUACCGGGACAAUGAGAUGCGCAGCACUUUCCGGAAGAUUCUCUGCUUUGCCUGUCACAGGAUGCCAAAGUACUCGCCUGCGUCGGUCAAGUCCAGCACCACAGAGCACAGGAUAUUGCCUCAGAAUGGACACCCAGUGAUGGACUCCACACUCUAAUCUGCCAUUUUCAGGCUCCUUCAUGCUGGUUGUCUGAAGCCAACUUUUGGUAAUCGAUGGGAGACCAGCCUGUCUUGAGACCAUGGCUGCAGUGCGACUGGGGAAAGCGCUGUGACCAAGGUUAUUAAUCAGGAGACAUUGUUGUACCUGUGGAUGAGGGCAGCCAUCUUGGUUUGUAGCGCCCAACUGUGACGAUGUGCGCCCCCCCCCCGACAGAUGGUGCUGUAGAGACCACAUAUCUGGGAUGCAGUGACUGUUCACAGAGCCAAGGAAUGAAUCAGCACACUUGCUUUGCAUGCCACCUUGAAAGGCACCUUAAAAAUGCUGCUCUGUUAAGAACCUGUUCAAAACUGGUUUGCACCACAGCUUCUGCCUUCCCAGGCUAACAAGCAAGUCUCCCUCUGUCUCUUAACACUGGGGUGGGGGCUCUUAAGACAGACUCUUGUUUUUCUAGUUCUUUUAAGCACACAAAUGUUUGGGCAGUCUUUGAAAAAUGGUGGAAUGAAACCCCUGGGAUCCUUGCCUUUCUGUUCUUGUACAGUGCUGUUUUAAGCAAGCUGUGCUGAGGGGAAGCAUCUCCUGCCAUGUCAAGGUGCUCGUCUAGAAUGUUUCUGUGUAGGGUGAAGAACUUUCUGUCCCCAGACUGUUCAGUAUUCCUGCCUUCUUGGCACGACCAUUCUAGGGCUGAGACACAAAAGCCCACGUCUUCUGCUACUGCACAAAACUCUCCAAUAAUCUGUUACAACCUCUACCACCCACUGCAUUUUAUGCUCUCAGAAAUUCCAGGUCAAGAUAGCCCAGUUGCCAGCUGUCUUUCUGGCAACAUCCACCGUAACAACUAGGUUGAAUUCAUGGUCCUGUUCUAUCUAGGAACAAGCACCACAGCAGCAAUAGGAAAGAAUGCAAAGAGCAAAUAUUCUUUUCUCUCUCUUUUUUUUUUUGAAGGUUGAUGCUUAGAGGUAGAGUUUGGCAGCUUAGCUGAAGCUCAAAUAGUGUGGUGCCCUCCAGGUGUUGUGGGACUACAGCUCCCAUCAUCCCUGCCCAUUGCCCAUGCUAACUGGGGAUGAUGGGAUUUGUAGUCUCACAAGUGGAAGGUCCUGUGUUGGCCACCCACCAGCUGAUGACUGUGAAUAGUUUAGCUUGCUAAGUAUCAUAUUCUUCUGCCCAGGCUUUGUUUGCUCCCACAACUCAUUUGCUGUAGGAAAUGGACCCCCUGCAUUGUUGAAACAGAGGCACAAUGCCCAGUUAGAGGGCUGGUUCCAUCGUGAGGUCUUGUCUGGGUAAAAUGCCCUUGUUUCCCUCCACAGGCUUGGCCUUGAGGAGCUUUAGAGUCACUGGGUGAAGAGUCAGUCAGCAGGUUUGCUCCUGGGCCUUGAAUAAUUGCAGAGCAGGCAGAAGUUUGGGGGCUGAACUCAGCCCACCCCCUCAUGGAGAUGAUGAUGCUAACUGUGCUUCAGCUCUUCUUCUUCCAGGUGUGCCCAGUUGAACCCAGGUGUCCCAAAGCCAGCAGCCCCUGUAAGCCCAGCAACAUGCAAAAAUAUGAGUUGGAAGAACCUGUGCUUCUUUUCCACUGUGUAAAUUUCACACACAUCAAACACCUUCUCUGGAAAACUGAAGGGUUUUUUAAUAUAUCAUAUACGCCAAGAAUAAAAUAAUGUGUUGGUAGACUGACAAAAGUGAUUGGAAUAAUAUGGUUAGCGUGAACUGAUGCCAAGUUGUCCUUCUCCCUUCUGCUCAUGUUGCCACCCAAGCAGGGGGGGGGGGAACUGGCCUCUCCUCCUGCCUGACUUGCACUUACCAGCUGGUGGCCCUUUUCAUGGCAUAGAGGUAAGACUGUUCCCUGUCAAUGUCUGCAGAAGAAGCUGCUGUUAAAGGCACAGGAUCAGCCCUCACUCCCAAGGGAUGGUGAGCCUAGACUAUUGUGUAAGUCUUAUGUUGUGCAUGCACAGGCACACACUCUGGAAGGUUGUCCCUGCUGUGGUUGUGACUGGAAGAAGCUGUUCAGGGCAGGCGGAGAAUGUCAUGGGCUCCACCAUUCCAUUCAUUCUCACCACUUUUCACUGUGGAAGGAGGCAGUGAUUCUUACCAGAACUGUGGCAGGAAGGGAUUUAUAAAAAACUGUGUUCUAUUGCAUAUGUUGGUUGCCAAUGCUGCUGCAGACUCUUAAAACAAUCCAAUCUUAAAACAAUCCAAUAUAACAGCGCAACUCAGAAAAAUGAACACAUGAGCCAAGCAUCAGUUUACAUGAUAAUAAAAGACACUAAAUAAAAUUAUUAUUAUUACUUAUUAUUACUACUACUACUACUACUACUUUGAAAGGCUUAAUCAAAAGGUGCAGGAGAUGUGGAAAGUCUUUGCCUGGUACAGGAGUAACGUUAGUUAAGUAAUGCCAGGUGAGCUUCCUGGGGGAGAGCAUGCUGCAAAGGGGGCUGGGUGUGUAAGCCUCUGUAAAUACCCCCUUUCCCCUCACUAAGGUUUAGCUUGGGAGCACACACACACACACAGUGCUGGCUAUUUGAUAAAGAGAAAUCAUGCACUCCAAGGCAAACUGUGUGACAAACUACAUUUCGAUUGGCCCUGGAAGUAGGUUGAGCACUUGGCUCUGACCUAGGCUACUGGUGAGAAGAGCCUGCCCAAAAUAUUUUUGUGAAUGGGGCAAAAUGGUUAAAGGGAAAAGGGAGGGCUGACAAUUCUCCAUCAGGAGACAAGGACAGAUGGGGCUGAAAGCAGCCUUUCAACCUGACACUCUCUAGGUGGGCCUUGUAGUCCCAACAGCAUCUGGAGGGCACCAGGUUGGCAAAGGAGCAGUGGAACCACAACCCAGUACAAAGGGUAAAUGCUGGGGGGGGGAGAGCUUGGCUGCAGUGGCAAGACAAAGGGAGGGCCCAUGUCAGAGGUUAUUACGGCUACUCUAGAGUAACGACUCUGCACCUGCUUGUCUUUAAACAAUCUUUAUUGGUGCAUUCUAUGUACAGUGUAAGGUGGUGUCAGGAAAGAUGUCUUCUCAGUUCAGUCCGAUCCAGAAUCCGGGACUGCCCCCCCCUCUCCGCCCCCUUUUCCAACAUAAAAGGUGCAGAACGGACAGUCUCCUCCCUUUCCGUCUUUUCCUUAAUUCUGGAACCGGGGGUAAAGGUCUGCGCUCCAUGUUUUCCCUUUCCCCCCUGCUCUUCUCCCUUUGUUCCUGGCUGUGGGGCUCAGGUUGUCAGAGCCCCGAUCCCCUCUUCCUAUUUCCUGCUUAGCCUCUGCCGAGUCUGCGCUCUCAUGACUACUGGCCGAUGAGCUGCUCCUGAUUAGAGGCGGGGGGGUCCUGUUCUCCCUGAUUCUUACAGCCCACUUUGACAGUAAAGUAGUACAGGCGGAUUGCAGCUGAUUCCGUCCCCACCACUUGCACCUGAAAGGAUAGGGAGCCAGCAUGGCCAAUGGUCAGGGGUGAUGGCAGCUGCCGUACAACACCACAUGAGCUUCCCUCAUCCCUGGUAGGCAUGAAGGAAGGGCAGCCUUGUGGCAGCAGAUGAGAUGGCUUAACUGCACCGAAAGCCUCCAGCAGAACACCAGGGGCUCCUCAACAUCCGACAUGGCACAGGGCAAAGGAGACAGCACAGCACUCUGCUGCCUUGCAAGGCAUUAAUGUUCCACCACCUGACGCUGUCCUAGCUUAGUCAAACUCUCUGUCUCUCUCUGUGUCUUCUGCUUGCAAAUACUCCUUGGGAGAUGGUUGGUCCCUGCCAGUUCCCAAACUAUUGCCCCCAUUUCACUUAAAGCACAAAUAGAGGGAACUCAAUCGAGGCUCAACUAUUCUGACUGGCGGCUGCACGUCUGUGUUUCUUCCCCCUCACCUGCUGCUUUAGCCUUUUCACUGGAGGUGGCAGGGAUGGGACUUGGGACUGACCACCCGCAAAGCAGAGGUUCUACCCCUGAGCUUCAGCCCCUCCCCAGAUUUUAGGUCCCAUCAUUCAUACACUGGGUGCAACAGAGCAGGAGGUUUUCCUAGACAAGCCCCACUGGAAGACCAGGAGCUGUGCAAUUCUGCUACCAGGCUAUGGUGGUUUGAUGCUAUUAGGGUUUAAUUGCUUUUUAAUUACUGCCCCCCCCCCAUUAUGUUUUUGCCUGUUUCUAUCUGUCAGCUGUCUUGAGCCCCUGUCUGAUGAAAAGGUGGGAUAUGUAUGUAUGUAUGUAUGUAUGUAUGUAUGUAUGUAUGUAUGUAUGUAUGUAUGUAUAAACUAAUGAUAACCCCAAAGUGAGCUGGAGUGGAGCCUAGGUACCAUUAAGAGCAGGCAGAUCAGCCUCGUGGGCAAAUGACCCACUGGCAUUUACUCGCAGGGCAAACCCCACUGAAAUGGAUGGGGUCACUGGUCUUGUUCAGAUCACUUCCAUUUCUGUUUAGACGUGCAGGACAACUUCCCAGUUGAUUGUGAAGUGGCAUCUCCAGUCGGCUUCCGGUCCUCAAUUACUAAAAUGUUUGGGGCUCCUUUUAAUGGCUGCUCUAAGCAGGGCUGGAGCUAUCAGAAACUCUGGCUGGGGGACCAGUGCAGCUGGAGGUUUGAAAGGGUACGGAAGUAAGAGCUGGCUGUGGAUAACGGUAACUCUGAACAGCUGCUUACAAGAAACUGGCUGCGUUUUCUUCUUCAGUCUCAAGAGUCUGUCAUGGAUGCCUGACAGUUGUGCACAGGGACAAAUCUGCACAGGUUGCUCGGUGCUUCCACAAAUGACCCCUGGAAAAAUUAAGCUGAUUACGCCAAACUGCUUUUAGAAAGUCUCUUGUGUUUCUUUUCCAGAUUACCUCAUUGAUUAGCAGGACAUGUGGACACUUUAAAAGGGUGUGCUGAUGUGGGAGAUCCAAACGACCAGCUGCUUAAGCCAUGGCUCUCCACUGUUUGUGAAUGGAUCCUUGUAGUGAGAGAUGAGCUACGUUGUUCUCUUCCAAAUACCUCACUUGGCUUUCAGGAGGGGCUAAUGAGCAGCUUGCAUUGCUUCUGGGACUGGAGAAGGAGAGCUCUCCGAGAGCCUUGCUCUGUUGGGCUGCAGCUGUGGAAUCAGAGGUGGGGAAUCCCUGGCCCUCCAGAUGUUGCAGGACCACAACUCCCAUCAUCCCUCACCAAUAGCCAUGCUGGCCACAGCUGAUGGAAGCUGGAGUUCAACAACAUCUGGCGGGCACAGGCUCCCCACCACACUGAUAAACCAAGAUCCAGAUAAUGGAUGCACAUCUUACAAGCUGAGACCAUGCACCUUUAGGGAUUUGUAUAUUUUAUCAGCAAUUGCUACCCUUUCACUCUCUCAGACUACAUAAGAAGAGUUUGCUGGAUCAGGCCAAUGGCCCAUCUAGUUCAGCAUCAUGUUCUCACAGUGGCCAACCAUUGGGAAACCAGCAGGCAGGAUCUGAGCACAAGGGCACACUCGCCCCCCUCCUCUGGUUUCCAGCUGCUGGACUUCACAAACUUUGCUGCCUCCGACUUUGAGGGAAAAGCUUAGCCUUUGUGGCUAGUAGCCAGUGACAACCCUCUCCUCCUUCCUCUCUCCAACCCUCCACAUGCACUGACAGUCACACACACACACACACACACACACACACAAGUCUAACAGCUGACCAGCACACCAUGCUCUGUGGCAACCCUUCCCACAAAUUGCGCACAGCCCCACCUCUUCCUAGGCAUUACAGGACACUAAUUUUUGAAACAUUUGAGCUGUUGGAACAUAAAUGAGAGGUUUCAAAGGCUACAGCCUCCGUUUAGCUCAGGUUCUCUUUAUUUCAUAAAGAAGACUGGGUUUGGGAGUCAAAGGGCUGCAACUGUUGUCCCCUCCUUCCGCCUGGCUGAUCUGCACACCCCAAUAGCUCUAGGACCAAAAAGAGUGGCAGGAAAUAUUAUCCAAAUGCAGCUCCAGCCUGAAAACAGAGAGCUGAUCUAGGUGUCGGGGUACCUUGUAUCUCAAGCAAGGCCAGCAUAUGAUGCCAGAUGUUGAUUUAUGGAAACACAUGGGAGAUGUGAGGGACUUUCACCCACCACCUUGCAGGGCCAUCUUAAGGAUACCCGACGCCCUGGUGCGAAGAUCCCUCCGGUGCUCCCCCCCCCAAUUCCCAGAGUUGACCCCCCCCCAGUCUUUCCAGCUUCCUUUGGGCAAGGCCAAGAAAGGCAGGCUGCAAACAAGCCCCUCUCCUCACUUGCAGCAAGUCAUAAAAAUAGCCCCGGCCCAGGAGGACAAUCCACACACUACCAGGCAGGCUGGAAGAGGCAGGAUCCCAGCAGCUCCUGUCCCCUCAGCUCCUGCGGCCGCAUACCUGAAUGCUGCCUGGCCCUGCUCCCCUGGGCGCUUGUACUUUCCACACGCGCUGCACUCUUACCUCUCCAGUCCCGGCCUUGCACUGAGCGUGCGGGUCGAGCGCCACUGCUGCCGCCUCCACCACCACACCUGGACACCGAGUCCAUGCGCCUCAGGUGAGCCGCCACCCAGCCAGGUUUUGGCGCUGCACUGGCUGCUGCGUUAGCAGAGCCCAG